UAAAUACACAUAACCACAACACGAUCUACAUACUAUACUACAUCCAGUAAAUCAUCAAUGCGUAAUCAUUAAUUUCUCGAUGACGAUAAACACUCUGAGAGUCUGACUCUCCGGAUGGUUCCGCCUGCUCGUAACAUACUCGUCCGUGAUCCAUUUUCGAUUCGCCACGUCUCGAUUCGACUGUGAUAAUAGCUGCGUGUGCUUUUGUGUAUGUGCGUUUAUAUAUGUUGUGUGCAAUCAAUCAACCUGUUGAGCCGUGGCCCGUGAGCGUGAUAUGAGCAUCCCAUGCACAUUGCAUCCAACUGGAGCUAACGUCAAAUAAAAAAAAAUUCUUGGUUUUGUAAAAAAAUAAUUUUGAGACCACCAUGGAUAAACUAAAGAGCUUUUUUAAUGGUGAAGAAGAUACAGUGGAAGAGCAAAAUGGUAUCAUGUCACAGGUUUCAGAUACCAUGAAAUUAAGUAAAACCACCAGAAUUAAGGGUUUCAUCAUUUGUUUUGUUGUUGGUAUUCUUCUCUCAGUACUUGGUUCAUUUGCUCUAUUUUUAAAGGGCCUAACUACCUAUGGUGUACUUUAUACACUUGGUAAUAUAAUAUCUUUAGCAAGUACAUGUUUCUUGAUGGGCCCAGUUAAUCAAUUGAAAAAAAUGUUUGCCUCUACGAGAAUCAUUGCAACAAUAAUUGUAUUUGUAUCAUUUGGAUUAACUUUGUAUGCUGCAUUAGGGCUUCACAAUCCAAUACUGGCUCUGGUAUUUAUCCUCAUCCAAUCUUUUGCAAUGUUAUGGUAUUCUUUAUCUUACAUACCAUAUGCCAGAGAUGCUGUAAAGAAAACUGUAGAAGCAAUUAUUGCUUAAUAAAAUCAAAAGUAUGUGGGCUUCCAUUCAAAAUAAUACAUGUAAAUAUUAAUAUAUUACUAUGCAAUCAUGUAAUAGAAAAUUAUCUGAAUCAUUUUUGCAAAUGGAAAAAUUGUUAUAACUGGAAGUUUAUAAAAAAUUAAUAGAAACUAUUCCACAGUUUCUGAUAUUCUUUUGAAAUGUUUGAUGUAAAUAUUUGUAGUAAAAGUAUUCUAUUUUAAAGACCAAAAAAAAAAUGUUAAUGAAUCUGAAUUAUUUUUCCAGAAAAUGUUGAAAAAUGUUCUGCUUUUAAAUUUUGUAAAACAAAAAGAUGAACAUAUUUUUUUAGUAUAAGAAUUUACAUCAUACAGUUAUUUGAGCUCUUAAAAUACUCUAUAAACAUCUAAUCUAUUUUUAGAUAACUUAUAUAUUUUUUAAGUAUACUUCAUACUAGUAUGAAGAAUAUUUGUAAUUGAUAUUAAUUCCACCAAAAAGAAAUGAGUGAAUAUCUUCUUCCACUCAUGUUUUAAAAUUGUGUUAAGAGGCAGAAAAAGUUUAUUUUAUAAAAAUUUUAUGACGAUGUAAGGGCAUCCUUUUCUGGAUUUUAUUGUACUUACAAGAGUAAGUUAACUUUGAUUUUAUUGACAAGAUUGAUUUUUUUCAUUA